UGUGUGUUUACCUCCGUGGCCAGAGCUGGACACAAACCUCCAGCAGCUCCACCAGCCCUGAAAAAGAGACUAAUGUAAGCUUUCAUCGAGCUCAGUCCUUCGCGGGUUCCCCUCCGAGCGUCAGUGACACCUUAACAGAGUUGAAAGAUGAAUAAGGAAAUCAUGUCACGCGUGGUGAAGAAGAGGCAGGCGGACCCCAAGGUGGUCCAGUAUGUGUGGGCGGCCAUCGAGGUCAUCCGCAAUCAGAAACAAAUCGCGAACAUGGACAGGAUCUCCAAGUACCUGAGCCGUGUGUUUGGCAUGCACCCUAAGGAGACUGCCAGACAGCUGAGCUUGGCCGUGAAGGACGGCCUCGUGGUGGAGACCCUGACUGUCGGCUGCAAGGGCUCCAAGGCCGGCAUCGAGCAGGAAGGAUACUGGCUGCCCGGGGACGAGAUGGAGCCGAAAGCAGAAGGAAGCAAGGCAGUGGUGCAAAUCACUGAACAGGCCUGCUCUAUGGAGUGGGAGACGGAGAGCCACGACUGGUACUGCUUCGAGUGUCACCUACCGGGCGACGUCCUCACGUGCGACAACUGCUUCCGGGUUUAUCACCUCAAAUGUCUGUCGGAGGACUUCAAGCCCAGAGAUGGAGGAUCCCACUGGCAGUGUGUCGUCUGCAGGGGCAGUAAAAAGAAGAACCUGAACAAACAGGAGAUGAGUAAAUAUCUGCGCUUCAUCGUCCAGCGUAUGAAGGAGAGGGCCGUGGACCUUAACAAGAAAGGCAAAGACACUAAACACCCCAUGUACAAACGGCUGAUCCACACCGCGCUGGACGUCACAAACAUCCACGAGAAUCUGUCUGAAGGAAAAUAUAAAAGCUUCGAGGAGUUCAAAGCAGACGCUCAGCUGAUCGUUCACAACACCGCCAUCUUGUACGGAGUUCACAGCGACCAGGCCGAGAUCGCACGGCUGCUCUUCAGCGACACAUGCCACGAGUUGAAUGAAUUGUUGUUGUGUAAGAACUGUUUCUACCUGUCGAACGCCCGGCCAGACAACUGGUUCUGUUAUCCCUGCACCCCCAGCCACGACUUGGUGUGGGCCAAGAUGAAAGGAUUUGGCUACUGGCCGGCCAAAGUCCUUCAGAGGGAGGACAACCAGGUGGACGUUCGCUUCUUUGGCCACCAGCACCAGAGAGCGUGGAUCCCUGCAGACAACAUCCAGGACAUCAAGGUGAGCGUCCAGCAGCUGCAGGUGAAGCGCAGCAACGGUUGGAAGAAGGCGUGCGAGGAGCUGGAGGUGUACCAGCGCUUCCUGAGGGAGGGUCGCUUCUGGAAGUCCAAGAUGGAGGAGGCCAGCAUGCCGCACCAGCACCUCCAGCAGAGCCAGAGCCAGAACCAGAGCCAGAGCCAGAGCCAGAACCAGAAUCAUAACCAGAGCCAGAGCCAACGGCCGCAGCAGGAGAGCAGCGGGAGGACGGACAGGCUGGAGCGGACGGACGAAGCCGAGUCCAGCAUCUCCUCCACCAGCAACGAGCAGGUCCGACAUCUCAAAGGCAGCCAGGAGCCGAAAGCGAAGAAAAGCCGUCGAUCUCAAAUGGUCGAGCCCAAAGAAGAAGCCAGUGACCCGGAGCCAGAGAUGGAGGCGGUCAGCUCCAGCCAAGAGAUCCCGGUGUCGUCGGCGCCUCAGCAGCCCGAGAAGCUGUCGGUGUCCACGCAGACCAAGAAGGCCAACGGAGGGUCGCCGCGCACGCUGCACCGCGGCACUCAGACCAGCAGCGACGGCGCCUGCCAGAACAUGUGCCACGAGAAGUACACGAAGGUCUUCAACGACGUGAAGGAGAUGAUGAAGGCCGACAACAAGAGGGAGACGGAGAGGGUGGUCAGAGAGGCUCUGGAGAAGCUCCGUGUGGAGAUGGAGGAGGAGAAGCGCCAGGCGGUCAGCAAGGCGGUGGCCGGGGCUCAGGCGGAGAUGGAGAGGAAGUGUAAGCAGGUGAAGGAGAAGUGUAAAGAGGAGCUGGUGGAGGAGGUGAAGAAACUCGUGGCCCAAAACAAACAGCUCAUCUCCCAGACGAAGAAGAAGCAGUGGUGUUAUAACUGUGAGGAGGAGGCCAUGUACCACUGCUGCUGGAACACCUCGUACUGCUCCAUCAAGUGUCAGCAGGAGCACUGGCACGCCGACCACAAACGAACCUGCCGCAGGAAGAGAUGAACAAGCCCCGCCCCCUUCUUCACCCUACACAGCACGCCAUUGGCUCUCCUCCGCCUCCUCCUCCUGUCAGUCAGUGUCUAUAACACACAAACACACACACACACACUCCUCCCUCCUGCUUCUCUUACUUGCCUUCCUGAAAACUUUGUGGACCCGACGUUUUUCUGCGUGAAAAGAGCAAUUUGUUCUCUCUUAUUUAACGUACGCAUUGUCUGGAUUUUUCUUUCUGUAUUUGUUUAUAUUUUCUCUCCUCCGAAUCGUGAACAGAUUGCUCGUGAGCGCGGCUCCACCGCAGAGUUUUUUGGUAUGAUUUUAAAUCUUUUUUUUUUUUUUGUUUUCUUUACUGAAGUGCUAAUUUUAAGCUCGUGUCAGAGAAUGUUAUUUAAGUGUUGAGUAACAUGAGCAUCAACUGAACAUUUUAUUACCUGAAUUUUUAAAACGACAACAAACAAACAAAAGUAAAUAAAUCACUUUUUCUUACUGUAAAAUGCAACAAGUCAACGAAUCAAACGCACCGUCGGAAAAAAAACAAACAAGUCCCAUCGCAGCAUUGAACUCGCUCUGCUUUCAUAGAGAAACUAUUUAAAAUGAAAAAAAAAGACAAAACACUGCUUGCACAUCUCGAUGGCUCACAGACGUUAAUAUAUUCUUUGUUUUUUUUUUGCGGUGGAUGGCACCUUUUUAUCGUUUCUACCUAAAAUCUUCUCGUCCUGAAGUCACUUAUUGGGGACAGGGUCACAGAGUCGGCCUUAAAAGACGCCGGCAAAUUAAAGCUUCCAUGUAUUAUUAUGAUUAAUAUUAUUAUGCACAUUUUUUUUUUUUUUAAAGUCAGAUAUUACAAAAAAUAAAUUGGUUCUAAAUUGGGCGGGGUGUAUUGUAAUCUUUCCUGAGCUGGAUCUUAGAGAGGUUCCAUGAUUCGACACUUUCUUAACAACACUUUUUUUGUAAUAUUGCCAAAAACUUUAGUUCGGACCUACCUGAGACGUCGUGGCGAGUCGUCUGUAUAUUUUUUUUUCCAGAGCGUCGUCAGUGUCAUUUUUAUUUUUUACAGUGAUGUUCACUCGAAUCUUUCACUGCUUUCUGCUGUAGUUGGUGGUCAGUGCCUCUUUUUUUUUUUUUUUCAGGCUACAUGCAUGUCAACAGUUUCAUACUUUGUCUUUUUUCAUCAUUACGGUAAAAUAAAAACACAAAAAAAUCAAAUAAAAACUUAAAAAAAAAUGGAAAGACCAGAACUUCUCUGGUGUCUCAAAGCAGUGACGACGGAUGGACCAAUAUAUAAAACAUUAUGCAAAUGUGAAUGAUUAAAAUCUUUUCUAUCGUUUUUUUUUUUUCCUGCGCUGGAUGUCGAGUGUCGAUGGUGUAGAAAUAUGGUGCUUGGAUUCUUUGUUAUUUUCUCAAAGCGGCAAUAAAAUUGCCAGUUUUUUUUUGAUUUUUCUUCGACACUUUUAAAAGUUUGUUGUUCCUCAGUUAUGAAGAUUGACUGAACGGAGGAAAGAACUUCAGUUACUCUGUACAGACGCGUCGCUUUGUUUUUACACACAGAUUGCUGUUUUAUCAGUUUGUUGCUUCUGUUAACGUGAUGAAUAAAACACCGUAAAUUCUCACAUAGUGGGAUGAUCUUAUACACUUUGCCCUGCUGCAAAUUUAAAAACCUCCUUCAUCAGCUCGGUUUGUGUGCAAAGUCAAAAACAGUUUUUCCGUUCUCUGCUAACAGAAAAUAAUUCAACACACGAGCCGACAGACCGAACGUCAAAGACAAAGAGAUCUUCCUGUGGCCUUCUUCUCUGCUGCAAGUACAAGUAUGUACUGUAUGUUAGUACACGAGAAAUUCAUGUAGGAGAUGAUGCAGUACAUGCUACGAUUGUUAGUUAGAGUUAGUUUUCAUUAUUGAUCAAUCUACCUGUUCAUUUAUUAAUUUAAAUUCUAAAAUAGGAGAAAGUUUUAAAUUGUCCAUCGAGCCCAAAGAGCAGAGAUACGUACAAAAUAAAUGAUCGAUUUGUUUAGUCAGCACGCUUCCUUUCACCUGGAAGGCUUUUAUUGUGAAGUACACACAGGAAGUGUUGAGUUUUCUAAACAUCAGCCUGAAGUUCGAUAUUUUUCUUAGUGUGAAUAAUUCCCAUCGUCCGUCUCUCGAUGCUUUGACUUCCUGUCUGCGGCUCCGACUCACUGAUGUAAAUCUGAAAAAGCACAAACAUGACGGAGGAAAUCAUGUUUCUGUGGGGGGUUAAUCCACGACACACACACACACACACACACACACACAAAAUAUCCAAUUAUUGUUCAUGAAUAUUUGAAUGACGGUUUGUAUAAGAACAGUUGCUCACUAUUAGAGAAUUUACGGUAACUGUUCCAGACUUGGACAUGCUCGCUCGCUCGAGUCUUUCUUUGGAAACUCAUUUAAGUGUAUCACUUUAAGAUUUAACAUGUUAUUGUACAGUUCAGCUGAUCUUUGAUUUCAUCCUGCUCAUUUUUUAAAAAAUAUUUUAUCUCUGGAAAGAAAAUGUUCUCCCGUUGUGUUUCACCAACAUCGUCUGUCAUCGUCAUUGCACUACAUGUAAAUAAAGAGUCAUCCUGUCGAUCUCCCUCCUGUUAUAUAUGCACAUUGUAAAUUGACUCAUGAUUUCAGCUGUUUGUUAUUUUCUUCUUGUCCUGUAUUCACAGCGAUCUGGAUGACUGUUAGUUCUAGUUUUGUACAAUGUACAACCGUUACCAUAUCAGCUCCGGCUUGUGUUGUUAACCACGACACUCUGAGGCGUGUGUCACAUUUUCCCAGCAUGCGUGUGCGUUCCCGGUUCGAUUACUUUUAAUCGCUUUUUAUAAAACUCGAGUGAGAAGCCGCACCACGCAUCGACGUAUCCCGAUAUUUCAGUGAGUUGUUUAAAACGCACGAACCGAUUUCAUGUUACACACACACACGUGACCUGCUUUUCUUUGACUGUUUUUAUAUUCGUCCAUCCAGCCGUGAAAAGAUUUCAGUGUGAAAAGUUUUUAUUUUUUCUCCCCCCUCCGUAUGUGGAAAACUUUUUGAUGUCAUUCCAGUUUGUAUCUCUGGUUUUUAACUGCAUGAGUAAAAGGUGUGUGUGUCCGCAGCUCCUUUUUCUUUGUUUUUAUUUUCUCCAUGUAAGAGAAGACAUAGUUGCACUCCCUCAGAGUAACGCAAUAUGACAAUGAUCUUUGUUUUUAUUUUACUGGAACUUCAGUCGAGUUAAUUUUCGAGUAAAGCCGUCAGAUUGUCGCCCACAACGCGACUUCUCGCUGUUCUUAUUCCAGAGUACUUUAGUUCAUCAUACUAUGAGUACAAGUACUGUACUUAUAAAGUAUUCCUGUACUUGUAACUGGAAUAAAACCAGCGUGAAGUUUCCUUUUUUCUUUUUUUUUUUAGGUCAUCUUGUUCUGUCCAUAUGUAAACUCAAUUGUGGCUUAACAUUUUCUAUGCUCCUGACAUUUUUUUGAUGCUUUAGCUAGCAAUAUGUAUAUAAAUAUAUUCUAUGUGCUAACAUGGAGAAAAAUAAAUGUAUCAACAAGU